AUGGCGGCGCUGCUCCGCCGCGGCGCUCACCUUGUCGUGGCCACGGUCUCGCAACUGCGGGACUUGGCAGAUGCCGAUGGCAUGAAUGCCACGAAGGUGCGCACUAUCGUCCUGGAUGAUGCGCAGGCGCUCAAGUCGCGGCCCCGCAGCAAAGAGCUGCAAGGGCUGCUGCGUGCCCUGAGCACAAGCCAACCGCAGACCGUGGUCUGCACGGAUGCCUCGCCGCAGUGGGUGGAGGAGGAGCUGGGCGAUCACUUGCGGGAUCCCCUUUUGGUCAACUCGCUAGGCAACCGCCCAGCACUGCCCCUCUCGACGCGGCACUUGGUCUGUGAGGUGCCUGGCAGCACCACACGAAGAGCAAGGCUCUUGGCGCACAUGCUGGACCAAGACCUGACGGGCUCGGGUGCAGCGGCUGCAGCGGAGGACAAAUCCUCUGCCGACGAGGGCAAGCCGGCAGGGAAGGUGAUCAUCUUCGUGAUUUCCAAGGCGGAGGCCUCGCUACUGUCUGGCCACGCCAUGCUGCGCCAGCGCCUGCUGUGCCUCCAUGAAGGGUUGGCGCCCGCUGAGCAGCAGGAGAUCCUGGCUCUUUUCCGGACGCUGCCCUCCCAAAUUCUCAUCACCACGGACGCUGCCGUGAAGGAUGUCGAGCUGCCUGCCGUGCCGCUGGUGGUCCAUGUGUCGGCCGCGCCGAACCUCGAGAUCUACUUGAAUCGCAUCGGCCGCCUCACUGCGGCGCCGUCGAAGCGCCGCUCGCGCCGCACGGGGCCGGCCAUCUCGCUGGUGCUCCUCCCCGGACACCAGGGCGCCAAGCUCCGGGAGCUGGAGCGGGAUUUGGGACGCCGGUUCGAAGUGCUGCCGUCGCCACCAGAGGCAGCACUCCGCCGCAGUGCCGUUGCAGCUGUGGCGAAGGAGUUGAAGAUGGCCAUGAAGCAGUACGACUCUGGGGCAUUCCUGGCAGAUGCUGAGCAGCAGUUAGAGGUCCAUGGACCACGGCUCCUGGCAGCAGCACUGGUCCUUCUUGAGCGGCGCCGGCGUGGCGAGGAAUGGCGCUCGCCGUUCUCGGGCCGGCCCAGGUUCGCACCUCUGCUCUUGAUCGAUCCGCACCUGGAGCGCCUGGCUUCUCGGCAAGCGGCCGCCAGCGCCUUGCGCCGCGUGUUGCGCCGGGCUGCCGAGGGCGUCGACAAGGAGGCAAUCGAUGUCCAGAUCGGGCGCAUCGAGCUGACAAAGAAAGGUUGGCUGGUGGACGUCCCGAGGGCCCUGGUUCCGUCGGUCUUGGAGGACAAGCUCCUGCGAGAUCGCGGUGUGCAAGUGCAGCCGGUGAGCGAGCUCCCGGACAUCAUCGACGACGGCCGAUUCGCCGUCACGGCACGAAGGACGCGGAGGAGCGCUGGGAUCGCGUCAGGAUACCACAUUCAGGGAGGAUCAAGCAUUCAUGCUUAUGGCACAGGGAUGCUAAGUCCUGUUUUUUGCCUGCUGCAUAUUGCAGAUUGCGCUGCAAAGCUGCAAGGUUAUGUUCCAGUCUACAAGAGUCCCGAAUGCAUCGGGCCUCACUGCUUCUGGAUCCUGAGCCUAUGA